AUGAGUCAGGUAUUUCCCAGCCUGCCGGCAGCGGCGACUGUGUGCAGCCGAGGCCGGAGCUGCCUCAAGUCUCCCCUGCGAGCUCCAUGGAGAAGGCAGCGGCCGCGGCGCAGAGCAGCGGCGGCGACGCGGUCUCGGCGGCAAACAGCGGCAGCAACAGCAGCAGCCGGAGUAGCAGCCGACCCACUUCGGCCGGUUCGUCGCCUUGCUCCUCCGCCAGUCGGGGGCUCUCGGGUCGGCAAGGAGGAGGAGGAGCGGAGUCGGCAGCAGCAGCAGCAGCAGCGGGGAGGCCGGAUGGAGGCGGCGGCGGCGGCAGCAGCAGCAGCCCCAGCUCGGCCGCGGCCAGUCCGGGCGGGAGCAGCGGCGGCGUGGCGGGGCUGGCGGCGGGCAGGAGGACGGAGCCGGUGCUCGAGGGGUCCCUGAGCAAAUACACCAACCUCCUCCAAGGCUGGCAAAGCAGGUACUUUAUGCUGGAUUUUGAGAACGGAAUUCUACAAUAUUUUGUGAAUGAACAAAGUAAAAACCAGAAGCCACGAGGGGUGUUGUCUUUAGCUGGGGCUGUAGUUUCCCUCAGUGAUGAAGCUCCAAACAUGUUGGUGGUGUACUCUGCUAAUGGAGAAAUGUAUAAACUGAGAGCUGGUGAUACAAAGGAGAGACAGUACUGGGUGACUCAGCUCCGAUCUUGUGCCAAGUACCACACGGAAAGUAGUUCGAAGAGCACUCCCACCUCACGAAUGAAAGGCUUGUCUUUGAUGCCUCUUGGAGCAGCCAGCUCUACAUCUUUCAGUUCUCAGAAAAGCCUGAAUCAGUGUGGAGCACCAGUUGUCACCAUUACGCAUCACAAAUCACCUGCCGCAGCCCGAAGAGCUAAGAACCAGUGUCCUGGCCAGCUCCACGAAGUCAGAGAGAUCAUGAGCCAGGUGGAGGGACAACAGAAGAAUCUUGUGCAAGCCAUUGAAUCCCUCCCGGGUUCUGGCCCUCUUUCUGCCUUGGAUCAAGACUUGCUUCUUUUAAAAGCUACCUCUGCUGCUGCCCUCAGCUGCCUUGGUGAAUGCCUGCAUUUGCUGCAACAGAGCAUAAACCAAGUGAGCCCACCCAGUAAUAGGACAUUGUCUUCAGACAACAUCCUAGGAUUGCAAGGGCCAAAGUCACAUUCCGCAGAGCCACUGAAAAAUGGUGCCAUUAGUUCUCUGACAGCUGCUAGUGCCAAUCUAACAUGGUCGAUAGUACCAGCUACGACAGGUGAUGAACAAACACUGCCAACCACAGAGCUUUCAGCUCGUGAAUUGAUCCUGGUUGAGGAUGAGGUGACAGAUACUGAAGAUAAUGCAGAGGAUGAUUUAGGAGUCAUGGAAGAUCAGCGUAGCAUAAUUCUUCAUCUCAUCUCACAACUCAAACUUGGAAUGGACCUAACCAGGGUUGUCCUUCCAACUUUUAUUUUGGAGAAGAGGUCCCUGCUGGAAAUGUAUGCAGACUUCUUGGCCCAUCCAGACAUGCUGUUGUCAGUCGCAUCUGGAACCACUCCUGAGGAGAGAAUAAUUUACUUUGUGGAGUAUUACUUAACAUCAUUUCAUGAAGGCCGAAAAGGAGCUGUAGCCAAGAAGCCCUACAACCCAAUAAUUGGAGAAACUUUUCACUGCUCUUGGGACGUGCCUAAAGACCGAGUGAAUCCAUUGAGAACUCACAAUGCCUCUUCAAGUAUUAAAACCAAGACUGUACCUGAAUGCUAUAAGCUGAGGUUUGUAGCCGAACAAGUAUCCCAUCACCCACCAGUAUCUUGCUUUUACUGUGAGUGCAAGGAGAAGAUGUGUGCAAAUGUUCAUGUAUGGACCAAGAGCAAGUUCAUGGGGAUGUCUGUAGGUGUUUCUAUGGUAGGUGAAGGCAUUCUUUAUCUAACGGAGCAUGCGGAGGAAUAUGUAUUCACGCUACCUUGUGCCUAUGCGCGCUCUAUACUUACCAUUCCUUGGGUGGAGCUUGGAGGUAAAGUCAACAUUCACUGUGCCAAGACUGGCUACUCUGCUGCGGUCACAUUCCACACCAAGCCUUUCUAUGGAGGAAAAGUACACAGGGUUACAGCAGAGGUGAAGCAUAAUCCAACCAAUACCAUAGUGUGCAAGGCACAAGGGGAGUGGAAUGGCACACUGGAAUUUACAUACAGCAGUGGAGAAACCAAAAUAAUUGACACCACCAAAUUACCCAUAAUCCGCAAGAAGAUCAGACCAAUAGCUAAACAAGGCUCAUUUGAAUCAAGGCACCUGUGGCAACAUGUCACCAAUGCUCUGAAAGAAGGCAACAUUGGUAUAGCAACAGACCACAAGCGCUUCCUUGAGGAGAGGCAGCGAGCAGAGGAGAGGCAGCGGGCAACUAGCAAUAAACCCUGGAAACCAAAAUAUUUCAUCAAGGAGGGUGAUGGAUGGAUAUACUUCGAUCCCCUCUGGAAGACUCAUUGAUAAGCGCACCUGGACUCAUAAGCCCAUUUUCUAGAGGCAUUAAAAAGAUGCACUAUUUAAAUUUCAGGUGUGAUUAAGUCUUGCUAUAAAUUAAAGCUGCGUACUGUGAAUAAUGCAGCUCAGAAUAGCUAAAAGCUCAAGUUUAUUGAAGAGCCAUUUUGCGUGCAUAUAUUACACAUGCACAGUUCUUACUGUGGAUUUAUUAUAUAGAAGUCUAUUAUAUAUACACACAGACAAUUAAGGAUUUGAUCUUUUGCACUCAAGUCAAUGUGUACCACAUUGCUUGCAGGAUCAGGCUUCACAUUGGUAAUUAACACUUUUUUAGUAUUAUUAAUUGAAGUUUUCUAUUUUUCACAUUGCCAAAAAAGUUUUGCACUUAAAACCACUUGACACUGACAGCUGUUUCAUGGUCAAGCCCGUGACUUAAAUGACUUGCUUUAUUUGACACAGGAAUGAUAUUUUCUUUGGGUAUCCAAAAGCAUGUAUCUGUCUCUGAUUCAUGCUCCAGCACUCGUUCCUGGCUUGUUGUAGGAUGUAAGAAAUAUCUAAGCAGCCUUGUUCUUCUAUAACCCCCAUUUUUCCAACAGUAUGUUUUGCGUGCCCAUUUGUCAUUCUUUUGUUCCUUCGAUAUUUAGUUCUUUUGGCAAGUCAUUUGCCAGUGGAUACAUCAAAGGCUUCUGCAAUACCAUGUUUUAUAGACCAUUAAUUGUUCUUUCAAUCACAAGUAAUCCUGGCUUGCUUAUAUGUACUAUUCCUUUGGCUACACUAAUUGCUUUGAUAGUGAGCCCAUAUAUACAGAGCAUAUGUUCAGCCUAUUAAGAAAUUACCAGUUCUACAAUAAAAAAUAAACGUAGCCGCUGAGGCUAAUAUUCUUAUGGUAAAGGCUUUAGGAAGUGUAAAAGAGACACUCUAACAUGUUGAGUGAUAUUUUAAGUAGAGUCAGAGAUUUACUAUGGAAUAGUUUUGGGGGGCCCUAAUUGGAUUUUUCAAAUACUGCUUAUCAGCUGUUUGGGAGAAGAGAAUGGACAAGGAAAUCAAGCUCUGUGUUCCCUAUCAACUUAUUAGUGAUAUUUAAAGUAGGCCCAGCUCCUGGGCUGGACUGGGGAAUUGUGUAUGCAGCAGCUGGGUGGCAUGCAUGACUUCCCCAUCCACCUAGAGAGGUGCAUGACGCAGCUGUGUCAAGGUUUGAAGAUUCUUGAAUGUCUCUAAGCUCUAGAUGGUUCAAGAAGUUGACACUAAGCAUUUAGUCUGUAUCUCUCUCUGUGGUUUUAAUACGUUGACCUAUUCAUAAAUGGGACCAGGAUGUAUGAAUAACCCUACUACGAGGGGACUGCAAAAUCCAUGUCACUGUAGGAAAAGGCCACGUAAAUCUACUAUGAAAUUGACAUUUUAUAAAGUUAAGAUGGCUAAAUCCCUAGUUGCGCUUCAGUGUAGCUGUAUGUCUGCUCAUAAUUCUUAAGUGGCAAAAUAGGUUUAAUUUGAAUUUAAUGUAUCAGUGUAGAAUGUUUUCUGCUCAGUCAUUAAAAUCAUCUUUACAGUGCCCCUUUAAACAUUCUAUGUAUUAGUUUUGAAUACUGAACUUUACAUUGUAUCAUUUUUUGUGCCUUGUCUGCUUGAAUUCACUACUUGCAUCUUGUAUAUAACAAGGGAAGAUAUACUUGUUAUGGUUUUAACAUUUUCUUCAGCAGAAAUCUAAGGUGGCAGUCCAGACUAUACACAUUCGUCUAUAUAAAAGGAUGUAUUACAAAGUUAGCAUUAUCAUUGCUUUAACUCUUUAUUUAAAGAGCAUCAACACUCACCUGAAUACCUAGUGAUCAAGCCCCACACUUUGCCCUACUUAUUGUAUACUUGUCUCAGCAUAUGAAAACCCAUUGUAUUUAUAAAAGAAGACUUUUCUUAAAUGUGUUUAAACCCUAUUUUAAAGGAAAUAAAACUGUGCAUCCUCAAUGUAAUGUAUAGAAAUCUUGUUUUUAAAAGGAAAGCUUUUUUAGAUGAUUUUCUCUUAUCAAAUAUUAUGUAUGAAUGGACUCCAGUAGCUGGAGACCUAAUUUGCACUGCUUGUAUAAACUGAAUUUUUUAAAGGUUGGCCUGGUAAAGAACUGAUAAACCAUAGCAAAUUACCAAAUACUUGAGUAGUCAUCUGAAAUAACAAAAUACCACCUCUCUGUAUUGUAUUUUGCUCAUUCACCAAAGAAGUGGUUACAUUCUUAGAUAACAUCAAUUAUAUAAAUUCAAAUCUCUCUCUCAAGUCCAGGAUUGCAUAUUCCUUUGCUGCUUUGAUAGUGGUUAUCAGUGUUACAAGAGGUAGCUACACUUGAAUGAACACUUUACAAUUCUGGUGUAUUAAGAGUCCUUUUUCACAUGGUCACUCUACAAUGCAUGAUAAAAAAACACCAUUCAUGUUCUGGCAAAUAUCUUGCUUUCUUAAUGUUAUCCGUUCAACACUUGUUGCUACUAUUUAAAUAUGCUAGUGUUUAUUUCCCAAGACUAACAGGCCCAGGUUCACAUUUGGAU